AUAAAUUUAAUGAUUUCUAACUUUGAUUUCUAAAUUGUAAAAUUUAAACAAAAAUGCCGGUAGAAACUUCUUUAUCCAGUAUUUUAACUACACGGUUUGAUUUUGGAGUUCCCCUGGAAGAUAUUUUUCCACCAGGUGAUGUUCAUUCCAGGCUUAAAUUUCUUUUUGUGAUAGCUUACAAUGAGUACAGAGAUUGUAGUUCAGAUAUUGAAGAUGUCCUAAAAUAUUCUCAAGGUUCUCUUCAAACGCGUUUUGAUCUGAAGGACAAGUUAAUUCUGGAUAUUGAUUACCGGAAUAGUAUCCAGGGCUAUCCUACAGGAAGUUAUUUCUGGUUGUUAAGACAUUUUUUGGGUCUAUUACCUUUACCUUUAUUACCCACCUAUACCAAUGGAUGUUGGUUUGAUUGGGUUGAUAUUGGUGAAGAAUGCAGAUAUGUCCUAAAAUAUUUCAGGGGUGGUAGUAGUUCAGGAAGGCAUAGACUAGACCAGGAAAUUGCUGAUUCAAUGAAUAUGCUGCCCUGGCAGAAUCUUAUUUUAUUAGAUCUUUUAGUAAAAUUUAUUAGAAAAAUUUGCUGCCCAUAUCAUCCAAACAAUAUUAAUAAAGAAUCCUUAAUUACUCUUGGUAAAUUCUUUUGUGGAUCUGUUUUAUUAAGACCCUAUACACCUGGAAACUAUACAAAAAAUGAUACUCUACUGUCUUUGUUUUUGUACAUCAUAUUGAGAUGGAAAAACUUGUAUAAUGGCGCUGACAUAGCCAAGGAUGAUAAUAAUAAUCCAAACAGUUUCUCAAAUUUUAAUAUAACAUCUAUUUACCAAAGAAUGCCCAUUAUUGCCAGUCUUAUAAAAAGUUCACUAAAAGAGGCGGCUUGCCAAACGGAAACAAGUCUCUCAAGUCACACCUAUUGCGACGUUUUGAACUCGGACAGCGCAAAUCUUCAGGGAAGCAAAGAUUUUGUGAAGAAAUCAGACCAGAAUCUUUACAAGCUCACCUUCAUUGAAGAAGAACCUGAAGAAGUGCUAGAAAAUGAAGAUGAGAAUGAUUGUUAUCAAACUGCUAUUGAUUUUACUUUGAAAAGUGGGACUGAAGAGCGGGAUGUUAAAGACUGGAGUGAAGUUCUUCAGGAAACUCUGGAUACGGUCAGGAAAGUGGAGGAAGGAUAUAUUUAUGAUGAUUAUGAGACAUUCAACAAGGAGAAGUAUAAUCAAGUUGGAGAAACCAGUAUUGGUACAGUUCUAAAUAAAAUCUCAAAACAGGGGUGGACUUAUAUAUCAUCAAAAUCAACUCCCCUAAAAAAAUCAAGCACACCUAAAACCACCAAGCCCGAAGAAGAGGACAGUUACUUGAAAUUUCCUGAUCCUUGUGACGGUAUCGACUUUGAAUCGUCCACUAAGUGUACGACAAAACAUGUCUAUCUAUCGAAAUCAACUCCCAUAAAAAAAUCGAGCACACCUAAAAACAAACCCGGACAAGAACUCAGUUACGCCAAAUUUCCCGACCCUUGUGACAAUAUCCAAUUAGAAUCCUCUACCAAAACUGUCCCUCCAGCUAAAUCAGAUAGCAGAGUGUCCGAAAAGCUGUUCCAGGACAGUCCAGCGACGUUCGUAGAGGACAAUAGCAAUCAGAAUUUAGAAAAUCGAGGAGGCACAAGCAAAAGAUCUCGAUAUGUUCUAAAGAGGAUGAGGUUGAGUUUGGAGUUUCUUAGAACUCUGUCGCCCAAGAGAAGCGUUUUUAAUAAAGUCAAAUAUCAGAAAAUCUGAUUCUGAUACAGAAUAGAUCAAAUGAUUUUGUUUCUAUACAGGGUGGUUCGAACUGUAUUCCGGAAACUUCGGCAGCAUAUUCUGCAGAUAAAAAUAAGCUAAAA